GUGCGGCGGCGCGAUCGAUAGAUACUGCACCCUCCCCUCCCCCAGCCUGCACCUGCCCCGGGCAUCCGCAGCCCUCGCUUACCGUCCGUAACACGACAAAAUAUCUAAAGAAAAAUCGUGGAAACAACAUAAAAUCCUGAAAUUCAGUGCUUUCAUCUAAAGUCAAUUUAACCGGUUACAAACAUAGUUCACUAGUUCAAGGUCGAAACGGUCAUCGACCUUAAGUUUAGGCAAAACGUUCUACCUCACUCAUAGUAAUAGUAAAAGCAAUACUUGUUUGUUAUGUGUUGAGCCGCGAAUCUUAUUUUUAAUUAUUACGUGUAGUGGGCAAGGUCGUAUAUUUUGCCGUGCACAAAUGUUGGAUCUUUACCAUUGCAAACGCGAGCGUGCUCCGAGGCAGAUCACAACAAAGGAGAUUGUGCUAAUUACCUCACCGGGGAUUAAACGGCCAUCGCUCUGAUAAGUGAUUACAAAAUUACUGAAGCGAUGGCAUCAAAAGUGCUUGUGCCGGCUGCUCCUUUUGCCAAAUUGCAAGUAAAGAAGUCACCACCAGAGCCAAACGGUAGUGGAUUCAUUAUAAACAGUGCGGAUGCCGCAGCCAGGGUUGCACAUUUGGAGCAUAGCGUGCGAUUUCUGCAGGAACAGCAUCGUCUCAUGCUGAGCGGCCUUCACGCUGAAAUCGAAGCGUUGAGAGAGAGGAACAGAGACCUGCAAUUUCAAUUGAUAUUCAAUAAGGAAGGUUCUCCUAAGGUGGCUACAACUACGCCUGUAUCAGAAGACAGAGGUGACAGUAGUGAGAAAGAGGCUAACCUGAAACGUGAAGUGAGCCGCUUAGAGCGCGAGGCGGCUGCAGCUCGGGGCGAGGCGCGAGCAGCCGAAGCGCGGGCGCUGCAGCUUCAAACAUUGGUCGACGCUCAGGCUGAAAAACUACGGGAACUGGAUCUGAAGAAAUGCAGCAGCUGCCAGUCGGAGCCGCAGCCGGAACGCCCGUCGGAGGCGGAGGAGAGCCGCGGCGAGCUGCGCGCGCGGCUGGCGGAGGCGGAGCGGCUGGUGCGGCGCCUGCGCGGCGACGCGGAGCGCCAGCGGAGAGAGGUACUCGCGGCCGCGGCGGGGGGCGCGGUCACUAACCUCUUGUUUGACGGCGCGGCCGCGCGACACGCUCACUUGCAGUGUAUGAAGAACUCGCUGCACGCGAGCCUGCGCGCGUCGGGCAUGGACGGCGCGUACGGCUAUCAGAACAACUAUCACUUCCCGCCGGUACACACGCCGGAUUUUUGGAGAGAGCCACUUAGAGAAGACUACACGAUAGUGGGCCGCCUGGGCAGCCGGCGCCCGCUCACGCUGCCGGAACUCAAUGGCCAGCAGAUCCAUCGCUCCACCGUGUAUGCUAACAAUCAUACGCGACCUCGAGCGAACGGAUACGAACACAAGAAGAAACCGCAGCCCAACGGAGAAGCGGCCAUCAUGAAGUCGCCUGAGGAACCCACAUUAACCCGAAUAACAACAACAUGCACGAACGAACCUAAAUUGCCGGAUAGACGUAAAAUAGACCGUAUGCCCAUAUAUCCAGAGUUGAGAGUUGUGGUCACUAAAAUGAUACCACACGAGAAGGCCUCGACGUCGGAGGCGCGGCGCCCGCGCAAGCACCACCACCGCAAGCACGCGCCAGACCACACAUAAUUCCCUACCACUGUACAAAGGAGAAAUAUACAAGAGGAGCAGUGUAUAUGUACCAAUUCAAAAGAACGCCUACAGUUAUACGCAAGUCGAGUAUUUAAUUGUUGCGACAGACGAGCCGGGUCUAGUGUGAAUAGACCUUGACUUGUGAGAGUGACUUAAAACUAUUAAAUUAUAUAAUUGUAGCCUUAUCCAUAUUAAUCUAAAUAUUAUUACGAUUAUUAUGAAAUAUUAUGAUAAUUAUUGAUAUGAUAAUAUAUUUAUUGCGACAUA